GACAGGUCCUUGGCUCAUCAGGAUCUGCUGAUGCUUCAUCCUGAACUGUUUUCUUGGCAGUUUCUGUCACUGGUGGUUUUUCAUUGCCUCCCCCUUGGGCUGGAUGAGGAGGCAGGUCCCAAGUCUACCUCAUGUCAGAACAGGAUGCGAACCCACAGCGCUGGUGUUAUUCUGAUUACCAGAGUGCUUAAUAAAAUGGCAAUACUCUAAAUAGUAGGGGUUUGCCUCUGGCAUUAAUGAGGUACUGACACAGCAGUGGGAAGGUAUGCACAGAAAUUCUGCACACCAUGGGGAUACUGGCAAGAACAUUUCACUGCUCAAGUCUGUAAAAGCUGAGCUAGAACUAGAUGUCCAUCUGCCAACGGAGCCAAUUUGUUUGACCUCUGUGUAUUACAGUUAAGGCAGGGCCAGUGAUGAAUUAUCCAUUUCCCGGAGGUGUUGUUCAGUCCAAUGGAUCUUUCAACCAAGCUUCCCCUGUUCAACAGUCUCACAGAGACCAACAGCUCAGACACCACCAUCAACGUGACCACCAUCAUUGGCAACCGAACCAGGGUCUCUUUGCAGGAUCGACCCAGCAAUCAGGCUGACACUAACUCUCUGCUCCCCGGCAUGGCCAUGGCUUCCAAAGCUCUCAUCCUCCUGCUUAUCUUCCUGCUCUCCUGUCUGGGCAAUUCAGCGGUCAUAGUGAUGAUCAUCAAACACCGGCAGCUCAGGACAGUGACCAAUGCCUUCAUCAUGUCACUAUCUCUGUCCGACCUUCUCACCGCUCUGCUCUGUGUUCCUUUCUCCUUCAUGAUGCUCUUCACGCAGGAGGGGGUCUGGAUCUUUGGUGACCGGUUCUGCAUUGCCAAUGGCUUCUUCAACUCUUGCUUUGGGAUAAUCUCCACCCUCACCAUGACGCUCAUCUCCUUCGAUCGUUACUAUGCCAUCGUCAGGCAACCCCAGGAGAAGAUUGGGCGACGUAGGGCCACCCAGCUACUGGUUGCCGUCUGGUUGAUUGCAGUCCUUUUCUCUUUUCCCUGGUAUCUCAUGGCACAAGCCAAUGGUCCACUGGUUGUCCACAAGAAGGGGUUCUACCACUGCAUGUACAUCUUCCACUCGGGCAGCUCCCGGAUGGGCACCAGUUACAGCAUCACCCUGAUUGUUGUCUGCUACCUUCUGCCCUUCUCUCUGAUGUGUUUCUGCCACUACAACAUCUGUAAGACGGUCAGGCUGUCCGAGAUCCGGGUCCGCCCAGUCACCACCUAUGCCCACCUACUGCGCUUCUACAGUGAGAUGAGGACAUCUACAACUGUGUUGAUCAUGAUUGUUUUCAUCAUCUGCUGCUGGGGCCCCUAUUGUAUCAUGGGCAUCAUCACUGCCACAGGCAAUUUCCAUUUCACCCCCAUCAUGGACACCGUAGCCAUUUUGCUAGCAUGGGCCAAUGGAGCUCUGAAUCCACUCAUCUAUGCUACCAGGAACCCCAAUAUCUCCAUUCUUUUGGGCAGGAACAGAGAAGAUGGCUACAGGACUAGAAACAUAGCAGCAUACCUGUCCAGUCAGAGCCAUGAGGCCAGGAGUAGGGUGGACAGAAUAAGGGAUCAGUACAUCAGUCGACAAGGCUCUGGCAGCAGGAUGUCUUCCUCCAGCCCUGCAAAUGGAGAUGUUGCAAUGUGGGCCUGUAAAAACCCAGCUGUGCUCUUCUGCAGAGAUGGACAACUAGACACUGUGUCUGAGCCCACUGCACCCAAAUCAGAGACUGCAAAUACAAGCCUUUAGACAAAAUUCAAAAUUAUUCAAGACAGAUAUGUUUAUAAACUGAGGGGCUUUAAAUUUGCAGAAAUUUGUAGCAAACAGUUUCUGAAU